AUUAUCGCUCAUUUUCAAGGUAUUAGAUACACUGAUCAGAGAUUUUCAGAAAAUUAUCUGCUAUUGGAAAAACUUGUUAUACUAUGUAUAUAAACCGAUGAAAAGGAAUAUGACAAAGAUUCUAAAGGUCACUAUAAUCUUUACAAUUAUACUGAUUAUAUACCUAUGGAAUAGUAAACCGGAAUGUCCAGAAGGUAAGUUAAACAACUGAACUUAAUAGUCUGUCAAAGUUAUUGCAAACUACAGUAAACUAAGAUAGUUUAAUUAAUAUAAAUAGAAUAACUUCAAAUGAAUAUUUCAUUAUUAAUAAAUAUCGUACAAAUAAAGAGUAAAUACCUGAAGAAACAGGUGUAAGAGAGAACAUGGCGCCUACAUCUUUGUUAUUUGAACACUUAUUUUCCUAUACAGGUCAAGAUUGUAGCGAACACCCUCUUCAAAAGAUUAUAGUAAAUCUUGAACACGAUCAAAUAAUUACUACUCCUAAAUUGGGCAUUUUUCGAAUUGACAUUCAAAAAGUUGGAUCAAGAUGGAUGGAUCGUCAAAAAGAGGAUUUAAACAGUCCAAAAAGCUUAUCUAAUAUGGAAUAUAACAUAAUUAAAGAAGCGAAAAAGGUAUUGAAAGAGAAUGAUAUAAAUUCAAGGCAUAUUUUAAAACAGGACGGAUACUUACAACAUUGUACUAAUGAGAAAAUCCUUUCUACUUACACUCCUAAUCCUUUUACAAAGAGUUUUAAAAAUUCAAGGAAAAACAUUGGUAAAAUUAGAGAAUCAAGCAGAAGUCGACAAAAUAAUUUUACUAAAAUAUGGAAAGAAAAAAUAUGGGGAAAAUGGGAAGCUAGCAGUGAUUUUUCAUCGUCUGGAGAAGGUUCAACUCUGAGUUGGACUAAAAAAUAUAUAUUUCCCGCCUUGGAUAAUAUAAUCAAUAAAUUAAAGGCAGAAAGCGGUUUAAAAGUCGUGAAAGUAUUGGAUAUUGGCUGUGGUGAUAUGGUCUGGAUGUCUGAAUAUCUCAAGACCAGACACGAUAUUGAAUACACUUGCAUUGAUAUUGUAUUCAAUUUAAUAAGAUCUUUAAAGCAAAUGUACCCAACGGAAGGAUGGAUUUUUACACAACACGAUAUAGUUGAAGCACCUUUCUAUGGUAAAUUCAAUCUAAUUAUCAUCAGAAUGGUUCUUCAAAAUUUAUAUUAUAGAGACAUUAAUAAAGUAUUCAAACACAUUUCCUCAAUGAAAGCUGAUUAUGCACUCAUGACAACCUUCUCAACUCUUGAAAAAAAUUCAGAACUUUCACUUAAUGACAAUCCUGGUAGAUAUAGACCAGUUAAUUUAGAAAUUUCACCAUUCGAAUUAAUACCGCCAAGUUGCGCUAUAAACGAUGGUUCUGGUGAAAAAUACUUCCUUGGAUUAUGGAAAUUACCUUUACAACGCUUAUUUCAUUGUAACAAAGUCAAUCCAUACUUAUGGACAAACAAACCAACAAAACGUUAUUCGUGUUCUGUAUUGUUUAUAUAUUUAUAA